CGGCGGCAUCGAGGCGCCCCUUCAGUAUGAAGCCGACGACCGUGCCAGCUGCAGCUGCUGCACCUGUCGUCCCGUCUACCGCGACAACUACGCUCGUCGUACGCUCGGGUGAUUUGCUCGCCGGACGCUCCUGAUCGUGGAUCCAUACAACCGCUCGACACCGAUACUACAUGGAUACCGUGCUUCAGGCUCCGAUUUCGUUCAUCGAGAAGGACUGAGCGGAAGAGAUACGUCGCGCGGCUGACACACAAGUAUAUAUACCGUGCCUCUGGAUAAACCGUUCCCGUGGAUCGUUCAGUGGAAUAAUACAGAGGAGGUAGGAGGAUCGAUCCGAGCGAUUCCUCGACAAAGAUCCUCAGGACGCCGCGAGAGAGGAUCUCGUGAAAUCUCCCGUCUCCCUUUAUUUCUCUAGCCCUGUUCCUCUUUAUAUUUUCUCCUUCGCCUUUAAUACGGCCGGUUCUUCCUGGACGUGAUCGGACGGCGAUCGGCUUGUGCUCCUCCAGUGUUUCUUAUUCCUUUACCCUUCGCUGGGUAAGGUUGCCAUUUCUUUCUUCGUCGUUAUCAUCGUCGUUAUCAUCGUCGUUAUCAUCGUCGUUGUUGUCGACGUUGCUCCAGUUCAUUCUCUUCCACCUCCUCCUUACGUUCACUUCGUCGCGUCUUCUAUAAUAUAUAGCGGCGCGACGAGGUCGACCGGUCGCGAAGAAACUGUGAUACGUAACGCGGUGAAGAAAGAGGAGACGCGUGCGGGACUCCGUAUAAUAAAAGUGAAAACUCGUUCCUCCGGUGUCGUGGUUCGGCUACCCGAACGAGAAUCCGUGGAGCCUGUAUCCCAUCACCCCUUCGUUUGGAUAUUUCGGACUACUGCAAGAAACUCGUGGUUGGAUCUCGAAGGAACGUGUGGCGUCGAACCAACCGCUCGUCGUUGGAUCGAACGGGCAACCAGCGUGUGCAUCAGUGGCGAGAUUCCGUGAUGCCACCACCGCCGAGUGUUUGGAAUCGUUAAGAACGGGCCUCGAAAAAUGGGCUCGAUCUUGGGAGACGGGACGAGCCCCGGAGGCUCAGGACCCUCCCGAUGCCUCUUGCUUUUACAAAGGUCCCUGGCGAUUCAGCUGACUAGGGGCCCGCCUCCUCAGGUUCUGAACGCCAGCCCACGGGAGAGUCCCAAGGAGCAUCCAGCCGACGAGAUGUGGAUGUACGAUAAAGGUUACAAUUUGUUUCAGAGCUUUUUGGAGGCGAACUCCAAAUGCUGGUGGAACGCAGCCUUGGUGGACGCAACCCGACAACUCAGGUACAAGGGUCACGUGUCACCUGGGGUGCUGAUGGUCGGUGGACCACCCUGUGCCCUCGAGGUCUUGAGGGCAGCCUGGGCUCGGAAUGUCCUACGACCGCCGGCCGAUCACGCGAUAACUUGCCUUGGCGACAUCGACGAUUGCCUGGUUGCCCCAGUGGCCCAAGGACAAUUCACACCUCUACCGGAAGCUCUUUGUUGGGCCAUUUUGGAGUUGACUUCUCAGAGGCAAGCUGCCACGCUCGACACGCUCAGGUCCGCCCUUAGAAACGCAUUUCCGGCGAUGCAGAGACCGAGCCGCGAAUUAGUUUACGACGCCCUCGCGAAACUCAUGCAAGAACGAAAAAUUUAUCACACGUCACAAGGUUACUUUGUCGUUACGCCCGAGACCAGGAGGCUGAGGCGCGAUUCCAGCAACUCUAGGAGAUGUUCCAGAGAGGUGAGCGGAUCGAGAGGUCAGGGUAGCAUGCUCAUGUCCAACGACGAAGCUAUGGCGCUCGUACACGGUGAGAUGCUAACCCUGAGGGACGGCGACGUGACGCAUCAAGCUGUGCAGACGAAUCUCGCAGACGUUAUUUGCGGAGGUAACCCUAACGACAAGGUUCUGUUCGCAAGAUGUCGAUCGAUGCCGGGUCGCCUCGAGAGGCGACAUUCUCUGCGACUUUGGGGAUCCGCCAGACGUUUACCCAGAAGCGGAAGUUCACGGUCUUUGCCGCGAAGGCCAGAAAGAAGCGAUACUUCGUCGAGUGCGGAAUAUGCGAGCACCGACAGCGCACCCCAUAGUCCAACCAGUUUCUCCGGUAUUUUUUCAGAGAAAAUAGGUCUACUUUCGAGGCUAUUCCGACGAAGUACACGAAGAAAGGGUGCUCCGUUAAUGGGCACGUUCAGUGCUCAGUAUCCUCCUACCGAGUGGUUUAAUCCACGUGUCGUUCAUCUACACAGCGUAGCCACGCAAACGAGAGCCGCUAGCCCUUCGAUGAUGGAGGGUCUAGCUCAGUCACAGGCCAGUUUCCAAGUAUGGGAUGAUUCGAGCUCGGUGCGAUCCGCCACGCUGCCCAGGCGACAUCGACGCCAAGCCAGCGGCGAUUCCUCUAGUUUAUUGGCGAACUCGACGCCCAGAAGUUCCAGACGACAUCGAUCACCGUGUUCGACAAUGCCCAGAUCAAAGUGCUCUAGUUUAAGCAGAUGUACGUCCAGAGCUUCUGUCCUGCCGCCAAGUACCAACCAAGAACCGUAUCAGAGUCGUAAUCAAACGCAAAAUGGUAAAAAUUCGGCGAACUCGUCGCCUAGUAGAAGCGGCGGAAGUUCCGGAUCAGUUAGAACUACGAAUGCUAGCCCCGCGAAAACGGCCACCCUGGGCAGAUCCAGCACGAGACAAUCUAAUUCUAGACGUCCCAGUCACGAUUCCACUGGUAGUGGUACCAAAUCAAACGGAUCGCCUCAGCAUAAGGUUCUACAAAAGACAUCAUCCGGUCACUCGUCCCACUCCAGUGGAAAGUCGAUUUCGAGCGGUAAACUCUCAUCGUCGCCGUUGAAAACAUCCACGUUACCAGCAAAAUCCUCGCCGCUCAAAGUGGUGCAACAAGGAUCCUUAACCCCGCUUCAAGAGGCACAAAAUUCAAUAACUCUACAGGUGUCGACGAAUUUAAGUCCGGUCAGUCCAUCGCAGGAACAACGUACGAUACAGAACAGCGUGACGCUAGCUUCGAAUGCGACCAGUACGACAACCAUCUCCGGGUCCCCUGGCACAAAGAUCUACGUGCAACAGAACAACUCGCCCAUGAGAUCCGUCAUCACGUUUGAAAAUGGCACGGUGAAGACCAAAGUAGCAGACAAGGAAACGAUGGACUGCAAGGAGAAACAGGAUCGGGAAUUGAUCGGUGAGAAGCUCUAUAAGACCAAGAUAGACGAGGAGAAGCUAUUCAAGUCGAAGCUCGACGAAGAGAAGUUGAACAAGUCGAAGCUGGACGAAGAGAAGUUGAUCAAAUCGAAGCUCGACGAAGAGAAAUUGAACAAGUCGAGCAAGCUCGAACGUCCAUCCUCCCUUUACGCUUCCAAAGAGUCGAAACCGAGCCAUCUCUUGUCAGAAUCCGAUAAAGAGAACAAGCCGAAAGCCGACGAGGAAAUGCCUAACAAAUUGAAACUGACGAAUCGCUUGAACAACAGCCAAGCUCAUUUAAUAGACGGAUCGACCAAUAACAUAGACAAGAAUUCUUUGGUCAACGAGCAUCCUCCAUCCGCGUUAACCAGCAUGAAGAAUACCAACGAUGCCAUGAACAAUUCAAGGAAAUUAAGUUUAUCGUUAUCGAAGGAUGCUUUAAGCUACAGGAACCUUCUUCGUCCGGAUUCGAAAAGCAACAUCGCGUCGAAUCCACCAUCGCCUACCAAGUCGUUCGAUGGCUUCGGCGGAUCCUUUAACAACGUCUACAUAGAGAAUCUGGAAAGUUCGAAGCAGCAAAAAGCGCCGCAAGGUUCGGAACCGAAUUUGGAGAAAACGGUCAGUCGAGGUGAUCUUUGUUCGUAUCCAAGCCUAAGCGACAUGCAGGUUCAAUUCACUAGCCUAGCAGCGCAAAAGAUUCUCAAAGGCUGCCCGAUUAACAGCGUGGACACGUUGGUUGAAGUCAACAUGGCAGCUGCGGAGAAGCCGAACAACUGCGACGUUACCGUUCACACUGACUUUGGUCUCGUUUAAAGUUUUCUUCUUCGUCGAUCAUCAGGAAACCGGGCGUGGGUUUUUCACACGUUUUUCGUACAGUGAAAGGUUGAACUUUAGCACGAUGAACUUCUCGGUAUCUCGUAUGCUUGCGUCGUGGUAGAAAUGUUAAAUAGCAAACGGAAGAACGCUGUACUGCUUAAGCAUAUAGAGAGAGCAUUGUAACAGUUACCAAUAAAUAAACGUUUGUUAUGUUCAUCAAAUAUAGUAUAUGUAUCGUA